CGAAAUCAGAAAGCUCCAGCAGUGGACGUUAAUGGUGAUGUUUAGUUUCUCAUAGUCGACGACAUGUCUCCAGCCCUAAACAAGAAGGACCUGCAACGGAUAUUCGAGAAGCUCGACGAGAACGGGGAUGGCUUUGUCAGCGUCGAGGAACUCAACUGGCUCCUCGACCCACAGUUCAGCCUGGACGAGAUGGAGUCCAUAGUGGGAAAACCAUGUUUGAACUUUGAUGAAUUCUUGUCGUUCUAUGAUUCCAUCUCCAAUAAGAACAUCAUUGAAGAAGAAGAAGAAGAAGAAGACAGUGACCUUGCCAAGGCAUUCAAGGUGUUUGAUUUAAACGGAGACGGAUUCAUAUCAUGUGAAGAGCUUGAAAUCUUCUUGGGGAGACUGGGAAUGUGGGAUGAGAACAGCGGCAAAGAUUGCAGAUGCAUGAUUCGCUUCUACGGCACCAACUUUGACGGUUUGGUGGAUUUUCAAGAAUUCAAAACCAUGAUGCUGGGUUCAUCCUUGAGAGAUAUCCUGAAUUUGUUUGAUGAAAUCGGGAAUCAGAAGCUCGUGCUAGAACGGAGCAAAUUGAAGCUUGUGGUGUCUUUGAAGUUUGCACUUGCAGUUACUGUGGGGAGAAAGCAGAUGGGAAAGAUUGUUUAG